AUGAACGGAAAUGUUUCCGAAUGGUAUAACGAAUGCGACAAUGCCAUUAGAAGGUCAGAAAUAGUUCCUGGAACUUACGAAUAUACAACUGCUGUUUCUUAUGGAAACGUAGGUGAGUUUGGAGAAGGUUCUUCAACAACAGUAGAUAUUGCUUGCGACAGGUUUCAUAUUAUUUCUAUUGACAACUCAUUCUUAUACGUGGAACAAGACAUUGAAAUAAAACCUUCUGCCAAGUUGUCUGACAAGAAAGGUUGCAAUGGAAUUUUCUAUGUCGGAUACCAAUAUGCUCCAGAAGUUUUCAUGGGAUAUAAGAUAUAUUCUAACUCUGACUUAGUUCAAACAGUAACAUGGGCAAACUAUGAAUGGUUCGCUUUGAGAAACUCAGUACAACCACAAGCUAGAGAACAAACAGACCAGUAUGCAAAUAUUGAGAAAAUAAGAAGACUUGACCCUAACGUUCCAGGAGUUUAUGUUAACCUUUCUGGACAAACUGCAGCAGCAGUAACCAAAGUAAAACUGAAACUUAGAGUUCCUUUGUCAUCUUUCCUCAUCUUCAGGUUUUUAAGAUACUUGCCAAACUGGGCAGGAAAAAUUUCUAUCGAACUUACUCCAAGCAAAAAUAACUUAGUCAUUGCACCAACACAAGACCCAUUCACUCUUACAGACGUAAAGGGAACAAAUAAAACGUCAUUCGCCGAAUUUUGCAAAGACAAAGUUGACUUAGACAUUGGUUUCUCAAACCUCAACACUGAAGUAAACUAUUAUUUCAAUGCUGCUGGAGAUGCUUGGGACCCAGUUAAGUUCACAUGCGAAAAAUUUGAAUGCAAGAGAAUAGAAAGCAGACUUGCAGUCUAUAUGUUGGACCCAGAUAUUUCAAAUGCUUUAGCUGCCAAAUAUAUUGCAGUUCCACUUAUGUUCCCUAUACACCAAAUAUCUGUCAAAGACUUUGCAGGUGAAGUUGGAAACCAAAG